GCGCCUGGGUCGUCAUUGCUAUGGUAACCACAUGUUUCUCUGUCUUCAACCCGUGACCAGUCGGUGUAUUUUGUUGAGUUCACGAAUCUAAGAAGAUCAACAAUGCCUGUUUCUCCAGAGCAGCAGGCAGAAGAUGCCAAAACAUCAACCAGUCCCGGAAACCCAGUUUUUACCUGCGUGAUUACUCCACAAGCAAAAGAUCUGAUGUCUGCAGGAACAAAGCUCGAAAGCAUCAUGUAUAAGACCACAUCCGCCGACUACGGUCGCCUCCCUCCAACCUUUGAAAGCUCUCCGUGCACUUUCCACCCCAAAUCACAAAGGUUCACCGAAGUGCUGAGGAAGACCGGGAUGUAUCGGAACUACUCCUUUAAUACAUCCCUGGACCGCAGCAGGGUGUGUGACUGCUUUGCAGGACAUGUCUUUUGAGAAAAAAAAAAAAGCAUAAAUCUCAAAUGUAACGACUGCAGUAUUCAAUAUCUGCACAUGUGUGAAAUUAAAUGACAUUGUUUAGCA